CUGUCAUGCCUGGGAGCCACUCUGUUGAACGAUUUGUAAUAGAAGAGAACCUUCACUGCAUCAUCAAAUCCCACUGGAAGGAGAGAAAGACUUGUGCUGCACAACUGUUGAGCUAUCCAGGAAAUAACAAGAUCCCUUUGAACUACCACAUAGUAGAGGUGAUAUUUGCAGAAUUGUUUCAACUGCCAUCUCCACCACACAUUGAAGUCAUGUACACAACGCUCCUGAUUGAACUCUGCAAACUUCAGCCUGGCUCUUUACCACAAGUUCUUGCACAAGCCACAGAAAUGCUCUACAUGCGGUUGGAUACAAUGAAUACAACAUGUGUGGACAGAUUCAUUAACUGGUUUUCUCACCACUUGAGCAACUUUCAGUUCCGUUGGAGCUGGGAGGAUUGGUCAGAUUGUCUUACUCAGGACCUUGAAAAGCCCAAACCCAAAUUUGUGAGAGAAGUUUUGGAAAAGUGCAUGCGACUGUCCUACCAUCAGCGAAUAAUAGACAUCGUUCCUGCAAGUUUUUCUGUCCUCAGUCCUGCUAAUCCGGUGUGCGUGUACAAAUACGGAGAUGAGAGUAACAGGUCUCUUCCGGGAUAUACUGUGGCACUCUGUUUAACAAUUGCAAUUAAAAAUAAGGCCAGUAAUGAUGAAAUCUUCGGCAUUUUAAAAGAUGUGCCUAAUCCAAACCAGGAUGAUGAUGAUGAUGAAGGAUUUACCUUCAACCCUCUGAAAAUAGAAGUCUUUGUUCAGACUCUGCUCCAUCUAGCUGCAAAGUCUUUCAGCCACUCCUUCAGUGCUCUGGCAAAGUUUCACGAAGUCUUCAAAACGCUUGCGGAAAGUGAUGAGGGGAAACUCCAUGUUCUGAGGGUUGUGUAUGAGGUUUGGAAGAAUCAUCCACAGAUGAUUGCUGUGCUCGUGGACAAGAUGAUUCGGACACAAAUUGUUGACUGCGCUGCAGUAGCAAACUGGAUCUUCUCGUCAGAGCUUGCACAUGAUUUCACUAGGUUUUACAUCUGGGAGAUCUUACAUUCCACAAUUCGUAAGAUGAAUAAGCAUGUGCUGAAGAUUCACAAAGAACUGGAGGAGACUAAGGCAAGACUGGCCAGGCAGCACAAAAGACGGGACAGCGACGACGACGAUGACGACGACGACCGCAGCAGCGACCGGGAGGACGGGCCGCUGGAGGAGCAGAUAGAGCGCCUGCAGGAGAAGGUGGAGUCGGCCCAGAGCGAGCAGAAGAAUCUCUUCCUCGUCAUAUUCCAGCGUUUCAUUAUGUUGUUAACUGAGCACUUAGUGCGCUGUGAGACGGGUGGAAUUGAUGUAUUUACACCUUGGUACAAGAGCUGCAUAGAGAGGCUGCAGCAGAUCUUCCUGCAGCAUCACCAGAUAAUCCAGCAGUACAUGGUGACCCUAGAGAACCUCCUGUUUACAGCUGAACUGGACCACCACAUACUGGCUGUGUUUCAGCAGUUCUGUGCUCUGCAGGCCUGAGGAUCAUUCACGGACAGAGUCUUGCCUGCAGGACUUUAAUGAAUUUAAAAAAAAAAAAUAAUUUUUUUUUAAAUUUAAAACUUGACAUGGGGAUGAAAAAAAAUUUUAGACUAAAAGUGGCUUUCUUGUGCUCCUCUAUACAACAGUACUCUUAACUGUGUAAGCAUCAUCAGCCUUACAAGAUAUGACUGAUAUAGCAGGUAGAUGUGAAGUAAACUAGGAAUUCUUUUUGUUGUCUUUUAAUCUGGUUUGACUCUUGACUUCAUGGUAGUAUUUUUGUUUCUCCUGUUGUUUAUAUAAAAAU